AAACAGACGUGAAGGACUGCUCGACAAUCAGCGUAGCAAUGCGGUAAAGCUGAAGAAAUACUUCUACAGGCAGGCGCAGCGUGCGGAAGCGCUUGACAAUGAGCGCGUUAGACGGACGAUGCCUUGCUGGCUGCGGCAGUUGCGGCCCACUUGUGGGCCGCUCGAGCGCAAGCGGCGGGCAAGGAGGGAGCCAUGGCGCUGCACACGCAAACAAUGGUCAUGCUCGUGGGGCGAGAAGCUCUCAAGCCCUGGCGCUGUUGCGAGCAGACCUGUUGAGCAGCUAUUCGCUUUUCGCGAGCAGGUGCUCUGUCGGUGGUGGGGCUGGCGGUCAGCAGCAGUCGGCAGCCGCGGCCGCCGCAGCUGCAGACGCGCUGCAGAAUAUCUGCGCGUUUGUCUCUCGCCUAGUGCCAGAUGCAUUGCCCCCAGGCGUCACUUCUAGCGGCUUCCGCGCAGCCUACGUCGCCGAGCUGCUUGACGCGCUGGGUCGCAGCCAGCUGCUCGAGCACGUGGCGGCGGCGGCUCUGCGACUGGCGGCGGCGGCGGCCUGCCCGCCUCUAGCUACACCGGACACAGCUUUGGAAUCAGCUGUCACUGCGGCUGUGGAAUUUGCAGGCACUCUUCUGGUGGCUCUCCUACGCAAGGCUGGCCUGUCGUCGGUCGAGGAUCUACAAAGCAGCUUAUUGAAGGCGCCGACGACGACGGCAGCCAGUAGCGGCGGCGGCGGCGGUGGGGGCAGCGGCGCUGCGUCCGCCGCCGCAGGGCCCCUUGGUCAGGAGGGUGUGGAGCAGCUCCGAGCGCUGGUCAGCGGCCCCGCAGUCCAGCUUCUGGUGACGUGGCCCCUGCAUUGCGCUGCUGGGGGUGCCGCGGGCGUUGAGGGUGCCCUUUCGACCGCAGCGGAACCGGCGACGCAGCAGGCCCCGACGGCAGGAGCGACCGCGGCGGCACUCCCGGCUCUUCGCCUUUCACCGCAGCAAUAUCACGAUGCAGUCAUCGUAUUUGCUACGGUGAUGCAGGCAACUGCCAUCAGCGCUUGCGCCCGUCCGGCCGCACCGCCGCCAUCGCAGCAGCCCGCGGCGCCAAAGUCCCAGCCGCCGGGAGGGGUGGGCGCGUAUGAGCAGCAGCAGCCGCAGCGCACACGGCCGCAGCAGCUGGCGCCGAUCAGCGCUGUCCACGUCUUUGACGUCCUCGCACGCACGUUGCUACGGCGCACGGCCCGUCCCGAGCCAACGCACAUUAGUAACUUGGAUGCCGCAGGUUUCGCCCUCGCCCGGCUGCUGCUGGUGCACCUCAAGUCAGAACUCAGCCCGCGCAAUGCGGCGAGACGGCUGCCGGGGUUUUGGCGGGCGCUGUUUUCCCACUGGGCUGGUCCGUGGGUGGGCGGCUCCGACCUGUCUUGGAUUAUCUUCAGGGCCCUGACAGACACGCGGCAAUGCGCACCAGAGAUGGCGGCGGCGCGAUCGGCUGAAGCGGCUGCAGCAGGCGCCGCGGGGCGCUGCUGCUACAACCUGCGCUGCGCGCUGGAUGCGGGGCUGCUGCCGGCGCUGGAGCGCGCCGUCCGCAGCGCUGCACAGCAGCCGCCGCGCGACAUCCGCGGCAGCAGCAGCAGCGGCAGUGGCAACAGUAGUGGCGGUAGUGGCGCUAGUGGAAAUGCCGCCGGUCCGCAAGGGUUCGUGUGCGGCCUCCCGCUCCGCCUACUGCUCGGCGGGGCCAUUAGCGGCUCGGGCGCCUGGCCGGCGCUGCUUGCGCACGGCUCCGCGGCUCAGGCGGCCGGCCUGAUUGCGACGUCGGCGUCCCUGCUGCUGGCUGUGCCGGAGGCGCCGCUGCAGGGGCCAGACAGCCAAGGCAGGGACGCGGACUCGCGCACAAUACUGGACUACUUGCUGGCCGCUAUGGAGCAAAUGGUGGCGGUGCGGUGCAAUGGCGGGGAGGAGGGAAACAAGGAGCCGCCGACGCUGUCGCUCGAGCCGCAGGGCGAAGCAGCGACGGCGGGCGGGGGGCGAGGGGAGGGGCAGCAGCCGCCGACGCCGCAACCGCAGCCGCAGGAGGAACAGCAACAGCUACACCCAGCAGUGCCCGGUGCCGGUGAGGCGGCGCGCGCGGACACGGCGGGCGGCGGCGGCGGCGUCACCAGGAGCCCCAGGGCUCAGGCUCUUGACGUCGCGCUGCAGCUGACCAACAACUACGGCGUUGCAAUCCAGGAGUUUGGAUUCGUGCGGCUGGCUGACCUGGUGGCGGCAGGCGGCGCGCCGCCGGCCGGCUCCGCGGCGGCGGCGCAGCAGGCGCUGCUUGCGUCCUUCGCGCUGCAGCGCUGGCUGCCAGGCAUUCUAGGCCGCUUGGUCCGUGAGUGGGUGGCAGUCAUGCACGUGGAGUCUUCGGGAGAUGACAGGUCUGCAUGCACCAGCAGCAGUAGCAGCAGCGCCAGCAGCACCAGCAGCAGUAGCAGCAGCACAAAGCGGGAUAUGAUUCGGCAGCAGCUGGGGUUUGCGGUACAGCUGCUCGC